CAUUCAAGACGUCUCUCUGUCUCUGUCUGCAGUCUCUCUGAUUCACUCUCUCUGUCUUUGUUAUCCGUGCGGUGCUUUUGAAGAGUUUUGAGUGGUCUGUGCAGGAGGAACAGCAGAGAAACAUCAUGUGGUGGGCAGCAGAGGGGUUUCUCUGAGCGCUGCAGUGGAUCUGUAAUGGAGUUCAACUCGUCAUCUGUAUUUGAACAGCACAAAGAUGCUGCUGAGGAGAUCGAUCUGAAUAUGGUGUACCAGGCAGCAGCAAACGGUGAUGUCAACUUGCUGACCGCCACCAUACGAGAGGACCCCUCCAUCCUCGAGUGCUGUGAUGGUGAAGGCUCCACCCCACUGAUGCAUGCGGUCUCCGGAAGACAGGUUGAUACGGUGAAACUGCUGCUGAAGAUGGGAGCUUCCAUCAAUACACAAGAUGCUUGUGGACGGACAUCCCUCUCUCUAGCAACAUACCUGGGUUGGCUGGAAGGCUGUGUGUGUUUGCUUCGGAACGGAGCUAAACAGAACAUUCCUGAUAAGAAUGGACGCUUGCCAAUUCAUGCUGCUACUGCUGAAACUGACUUCAGACUCAUGGCUGUGCUACUACAGAAGUCAACACUGUGCGGAAUAAAUCAUCAAGAUAAUGAGGGAAUGACAGCUCUUCACUGGGCAUCCUUUCAUAACCGACCAGAGCACGUGCAGGCUCUGCUGCAGAAGGGAGCCGAUCCAACACUCAUGGACAAAGACUUUAAGACAGCUCUGCACUGGGCUGUGCAGAGUGGCAGUCGAAUAAUGUGUUCCCUCAUUCUUGAGCAUCAUCUGGGCUCGUCUGUGAUCAAUUACGAUGAUGAGAACGGGAAGACAUGCGUUCAUAUCGCUGCCGCUGCGGGAUUCAGUGACAUAAUUUAUGAACUGUCUCGCAUUGCUGAGACCAAUCUGCAGGCUCUAGAUGUGGAUGAGCGGACUCCUCUUCACUGGGCUGCAGCUGCAGGUAAAGAUGAAUGUGUGCAGGUGUUGUUGGAGUUGGGAGUGGAGCCCAGCCCUCGAGAUAUUAAUGAGAACACGCCACUCACAUACGCCAUGUACUGCGGUCAUACGGCCUGCAUCAAACUCCUCUCCACAGAAAACAGGUCUGAGUCAAGUAGACCAUCGAACGCUCAAAACAGCGACUCUCCUUUACGCAAGGAGGGGAAAUUUCGCAUGCUGAACCACAUCUUCUGCAAAAAGAAGAAAGAGCUGCACCCUUCACUGCAGACAGACUUGAGUCAAGAGAGCCAACUCAAACAGGAAACGUCCGGAGUGGACGACAUCAUUACACUGUUCGACUGUGUCGCUGAACUUGCCAAAGAUGAGAGUGAAAACGACUCGACUGUCAGAAAACGAAAUUAUGAGUAUGAGAAAGUCCACCUGGUAGAGGAUACGUCCAGUAAGUUUUUCAAAAGUCUCCCACCUAUACGCACACAGAGUCUUCCUCCAAUCACGCUGGGCAAGACGUUGCUGGUGAACACACAAGCCCACAGAACUGCCUCAGUUCAUGCGGUUGGACAUUUAGUGCAUAGGUCGCAGAAGAGCAAGAGUGAGCAUGACCUGUUUGACAGUAAAACUAAGGCUCAAAAAGCUCUCGGACAGGCAUGGAAGACUGAAUCCAAUCAAAUACUGAGUCACAAGGCGUGGAUCUCUGCUCCAUCUGAACGUCUGCUUGAUAAACUACUGCAUGAAACUUCAAGUCCUUUAGAUGUGCUGUGCUCAAAUCACACACCAUACAUACAAAGAAAUGACUCAGCUCAAAAUCAUCUUUUACCUCUGAAGGUUAGAGAAUCUGCCCUGAUACGAAACAGUCUCGCUCCAAUCCGUGACCACUGCACUCACAGAUUUUCAUUGCCACCUGACCAGGUCUCCCAGGGAGUGAAGAAGUCAAAAUCCUCUCUAGGAAGGAGUCUGACUGGAAUCCCACCUCUGUUCGCAUCCAAACCGCACAGAGCAGGAAUCCCCCAGAGCCAGCAGCUGGGCUCAUUCAUAACUCCACUGGCAGGAGAACCAUUGAGAAACAUUCAAGUUCUUCCUGCUAUUCCACCCCAGAGAAAACGCACCCCAUCACCUCUCACAACCCAGAUGCCUCACAAUCACGCUGACAACACAACUUGAUGGAGAUUUGUGUUCUCACUGCUGAAAUGAGAGACAAUAUUUUUACUAGUUUUACAUGUUGAUACUGUUCAUGUUUCCAUUGGCCAUAUUGGGGGGCAUAAGAUCAUGAUGAGGCUAAGGAAUCACCAUUUGAUAAAACUGACUCUAACAAGCUAUUUUUCAUAAAAUUUUACAAAUGUGAUCUUUUUGUAUUGUUUGCAUAUGGUUUACAUUCUACUGAAACACAUGGUUUAAGCUUAUUGUUAAUUGUUUCAUGAAUAAAAGAAA